GGGCUGCCUAUAAAACGAGGAUCAGCAGACGGAGGGGCAGAAGCUGGAGUUUCAGAGUUAAGGAAGAGCCCUUCGGAGAGCGGGCAUAGUCGUAGGACCCUCUGGUGGCGGCUCUCUCCUUUAGUCCUCUGGUGAACAGGGCCGGGAGGCAGAAGUCGCCAAGACAGGCAUGGGGUGUCUAGAGAAGCCGGGCAUGUUGCAGGAGGCGAAGCCGGAGCUGGUGGAAGCGGGGACUCCUAACGGGUCUGUCCCGGCACUGGCGCCGGAGGUCCGCCUGACCUGGCGGCGGUGGGUGAUCGUCUUGCUCUUCAGUUCCUACUCCUUCUGCAACGCGUUCCAGUGGAUCCAGUACGGCAGCAUUAACUUGGUCUUUGCCAAGUUUUACGGCGUGACUCCUUUCGCGAUCGACUGGCUCUCCAUGUGCUACAUGAUCGUCUACAUCCCCCUCCUGUUCCCCGUCGCCUGGCUCCUCGACCUGAAGGGGAUGCGGCUCAUUGCUCUGGCUGGCUCCGCCCUCAACUGCUUGGGAGCCUGGGUGAAGACGGGGAGCACGGAGCCCCAUCUCUUCCCAGUCACGAUCCUGGGCCAGAUCAUCUGUUCCUUGGCGCAAGUCUUCAUCCUGGGCAUGCCGUCCCGCAUCGCUUCCGUCUGGUUUGGCCCCCGGGAGGUCUCCAGUGCCUGUUCCAUCGCUGUCUUUGGCAAUCAGCUUGGCAUUGCAGUUGGUUUCCUCCUCCCCCCAGUUCUGGUUCCCAACUUAGAAGAGAAGAAGGAGCUGGCUCACCAUAUUGGCAUCAUGUUUUUUAUCACAGCGGGUGUGGCAACAACACUUUUCAUCUUAGUUGUCCUUGUGUUCCAGGAAAAGCCUCCAUAUCCUCCAAGCCGGGCCCAGGCUGUGAUCCAGUCAGCACCUCCAGAGGAAUAUUCCUAUUUGCAAUCUAUCUUCCGGCUAUUUUCUAACGUUAACUUUGUGCUGUUGAUAGUCACUUAUGGCUUAAACACAGGUUGCUUCUAUUCCCUCUCAACCUUGCUAAACCGCAUGGUAAUGAAGCAUUAUCUAGGAGAGGACCUGAAUGCUGGCCGAAUUGGUCUCACCAUUAUAGUGGCCGGCAUGGUUGGAGCUUUGAUCUCUGGCAUCUGGUUGGACAGAACCAAAACGUAUAAACAGACAACACUGUUGGUUUACAUCAUGUCAUUUGUGGGCCUGGUUGUUUAUACUUUUACUCUGGAUCUAGGCCAUAUCUGGGUGGUCUUUGUGACUGCGGGUGUCCUGGGCUUUUUCAUGACGGGUUACCUACCUCUGGGCUUUGAAUUUGCUGCAGAGUUAACAUAUCCAGAAUCUGAAGGAACAUCAUCAGGCCUUCUUAAUGUUUCUGCACAGGUUUUUGGAAUAGUUUUUACCAUUAGCCAAGGACAGAUCAUUGAUAACUUUGGGACUAAAGCGGGGAACCUCUUCCUUUGCAUCUUCCUGUUCAUUGGCACUAUUAUCACUGCUUUCAUCAAACCCGAUCUUCGAAGACAACAGGCCAAUCAGGAUAAUGAACAGACUAGACUCCAAAGCAGUAACAGUCAGAUAAUGAAUUAUGGACCUUGUUCCUUAACCCCAUCAUUUCCCAUCCCUGCUCAAUAAUUCACAAACCAAAGUUCCAGAAAUCAGUGGGAGUUGACUCAGACCAACACUGCACUGCUGUAUGAGAAAUCAAUUCAUUAAAAGCCGUAAGGGGCUGAAGAGAUAUUGCUGUUCCUGCUACCACUGCUUUAUGUUCUUCUCUCUACCAUCUAUACCUCCCAUUACAUAUGGUUUGGCCUGGGAACAAUCCACAAAAUAGUUCAUGUUGCGAAUGAAAAUGCAAAGAUUUUGAAUUAUUCUCAGCUGAACAAGCUUUUCUGUCCUGCUGAUUGGCAGAAAAUGGAAGACAGCAGUUGACUUGCCUUGGCACGUAUAAACUGCAUGACUGGAUCCAGUGUUGCUUCCAUCAUAUUCAGCGUGGACUGAGAACUUGCACCUGUUCAUCCUUUUAUGCGGCCAGUAGACUUGCAGGUUUGGGUGUGAAAUGGAUCUAGGCGAAGAUCCUUGCUCCUUAGGGAGAACCAGAAACACUUGCUCUAUGAGCAGCCCUAAUGGAAGUGCAACCAUUGAUUUCUGAAUGAGGAAAUUCGCUAUCAAUAAUAGCAAGAGCAAAGAUGGCUUAGCUUCCUUUUCUUCAAAAUACCUAUUUGUACUAUAGAAUAUUUUUGUAACCCCAGUCCAGCUGAUAUUUUUAAUUAACUGAUCACUGUUUUAAAAUGGGAAUUAUCUUUUUUUAAAACAAAUAUAUGGUGGUGUUUUAGAAAUAUUAUUGGGUAACUGAUUUUUAAACGAUAUUUGAGAAACAGUCUGUCUUCUUGUUUCCCAACGUUAUUGCUCUUCAGCACUUCGACAUCGUUACGCCACAAGCUGCAGAAGCAGAAAUUAAGCAAGAGCUCCACGCGGCUUUCAUAGCAGUCUUUUACAAUAUUUUUUUCAUAACCAAGACAUGUUUUCUCUCAAAUCUGUACUAGUCAGUGUAGUAUCCAGCAAUGUUAAUUAAAAAUUAACUAGUCUGUUUUGAGGGGCGAAGAAGUUUAAUUAUUGGCUUUUUUCUCAUAAUCAUAUAUGCACACAUUUCACUAUCAAGGAAUGAUGAACUAGGUUAAUUAAAUUGUAGAUGACUAAGUGCCUAUGUUGUGUGGAACAAGAGAAGCUUUAAGGAGAAAACUUUUUUUAAAAAAGCCUGUAAAAGAGUACAAUAAUGUUUUGCCAGUCUAUUCUAGACAGGGUGACACAACAAUUCUGUUUUACUGCAAGGAAAAAAAAUCCACAAAUCAGAUUAGAAAACAUGGAGGAGGACCACACAAUGCAACAUUUUAGUUUCAGAUAACUUUAAUCAAAAUUCAUCAUUGGACCAAGUGAGGAAAACUGCUGCAUAAUUUUGUGGGCAAAAUUUUGUAAUUUUGAAAUGGCUAACUGAGUUGGCCGAGCAGCUAUUCUCAUCCAGAAGAUGGAGCGAUUUGUGAAGAAUUCCUAGUUGAAGGUGAUUCAUUCCUAAUCAAAACAAGAAGAGUUGUGUAACUUCCAUCCAUAUGAAUAGGGUUCAUAGUUCUUCAGUUUGUUUGUUCAGAGGUCCUGCUCAAUAUUACCUUUUAUCUACAGUAGCCAGUGGACCAAAACUUUGGAGGAGUGAGUUCUUUGGGUUAGUUAAGUGUAGCACUUAGCCUGGAAAAUACUUGUAGCUAUAAAGAGGCAUUAUUGUGGGAACUCUUUAGUCAAGUGACAUGAGAGGCUACCUUUAAGUAGCAUUUUCUGGCUCUAGAAUAAAUGCACAAUAAUUCAUUCUUUAGCAGUUUUCAGUUUUACAAAGUGCUUUUUAAGUGUUCUUAUUCACAGCUGUUUUCUGACUGAAGAAACCAAUUCAGUAGUAUUUGGAUAGGGAAAUUUCAGGUUGCCCCUUGGCAUUUCAGCUGAUGAUCUUGGCCUAGUUAGUUCGGAGUGUAUGAGAUAGUAUGACAAUACUAUGCCAAAUGCAGCCAUUUGUUAUAAUGAAUGUAAUACAUGCUUCUUUUCCUAGCAAGCAAGCAACUUGCUCAGGUUCUUAAGUUUACUGGCUUGGUAGUAGAUAAUACUGACCAAAAGUGAUGUCUAUAGCAAUAAUCUUUGUGACUCCUUUCAACUUUCUAUAUAGAAAGGCAGAAAACAUUUGAAAAUAAAACACUGGAAUGUUACCAGCUUACUGGUGCUAAAUAAUCUACAGAGUCCCAGCUGAACUUGCUGUACAGUGGUUCUAAGUUGUGGGUUGAGUAACACUGUGUUAUUUCAAUUACUGUAUUUUUCACAGUUGUAUUUGUCUUAAUUUUUUCUUCAAAUAAUUUGUAUAUUAAUUCUACUACAGAAAGCAA